CCAUUAAUCCACUGUUACAUCUACGGAGCCGAUCCUCAGCAAAUCCGUAUGACUGGUCGGAGGACAUCACAUGAGCUUCAUGCACUGUAUAGAAAGCGGCAACUGAGAAGGGUUUCGAAUGCAGAUGGAGGAGGGUGGAUUUAUGCAUUCAUCGAUUUGGGCAACGUUUGGAAGAUGGGCAUGACCAACAACUUCAUGCGACGGAGAAGGGAGUGGGACCGACAAUGUCCAAGUGCGCAUCGUAUCUGGAUGCCACCAAUCAAAGUCCAAUAUAGACGAAGGGCGGAGACGCUAGGGCAUCUUCUACUAGAGAUGGAAUGCACAGACCGACCCGGAGCAUUUUGUCCUUCUUGUACGUAUUUUCUCGAACCAAUUUACUUGCUAACCUCUCUUUUGGCAAGGUGGGCACAGGCACCUCGAAAAAUUCAUUCUCAAAGGAAGCAGCUGGGAGUACCAGCGGCUUUUGGUGCGCUCGAGCAUGAUGCAAGCAGCUUUGGCUUGAACUCAAUUGGCAGACCCUGUUAACGCGUUAUCUACAAACGAAUUCACGCGACACACGAACCUCGACGAGAGAGCUGGCUGUUUAUUACCUGGUCCACAUAUACAUGGCCACACGCCCAAACGGAGAAGCUCUGCACGCUUUAUAUGGUCUAUACGCAUUUGUACGUU